AUGGAGACAGUAGAAGAGAACCGCGUGAUGAACCACAUACGGCGAACCUCCAAUCCAACCGACCAAUCAGGAACAAGCGGGUCAAGGAGACCCUCCCAAAGAAAAAGGUCAUCUGUGACGUCAUUGCGCAGCCAAUGGAAGUUAAAGUACCAAGAUUUCCUUGCCAACGUCACUCACGUCACCUCAUCGGCUGGGGUUGGUGGGGCUGGAAGUGCCCAUCGUCAGAGUAGCACUGGAAGCAAAAGUAAUAAAAAUAAUAAUAAUUGCGGGGGCGUUGGUGGAGUUUGCCUGAAAAAAGAUGCCACAGGAAGCAAGUCCGAACACUUUCACACAGCACCGACCUAUGCUCUCAAGUGCAAACCAACCGUGCCAUCAUGGUAA